CCGGGUAGGGACGAAGUAUACCAGCCAGUCGCUAGCACUCCUAUAAAUCCCACGGAUAAUGUCUACUCCACGAAGAAGCGAAGAUGCGCAAUCUAUGGUGGAAGGUAAUGAAUGCUUAGGCAUCUUCUAACGUAUUUAGCAAAGAUACCAGCUGAACGUAUGGUAGGAAUCGUGACUGUCCAAGAUUACGGGCUUCGGUGUGCAUGGCAGAAACAUAUGAAAGAUAUCGAAGCCAACCCCGAAUUACUUUCGUUCGAUAUUCACAGACCUUCUAACCUGUCCCAACCCGACUCGAACUUUAACACGGACGAUUUAGACAAUUUUCACGAUCAAUGGUCCGACAAGGAAUCAUGUAUCCAGUAUCUCCAGAAUAUACUGGAAAAAAAUCUCGAAUCCGGGCGUUGCGGGCGUUGCGGGCGUAACGGACAGUACCUAUUCCUCCCUCUGAAUAAAUUACUCCUACUUCGAAAGCCUAUCAUAAAACGCGCAUUCGAAGAAAUUUUCCGUGGGGACGGUGUUUCAAUUGAUGAAAUGGUGAACGAGAUUGGCCAUGAUGAGUCAGAGCAUAGUCGACUCAUGAUAUUGGCUACACUCAUAUAUACCGAUGGAAUAGAAUCGUUCAAUUCAUUUAUUGGAAAUAAAAUACACGAUACCGACUUACCCCUUAAACGAUGUCGAUCCCAGCUCCCCGGAACGAAAAUUUCAUUCCACAAGAAUGGCGAUGCAGAGAAUAGCCUAGCAAUGAAUUAUCUCUCUGGCCGCCACGGGAUUCGUGACUUUGACCACUUUUGUUUUGGGCAGUAUCGCCAUCUCAUCCCUUUUUUUGACAUGAGUCCGGGGCCCGUACGUUUCUAUAAAUUCGAUGAUCCUAAGAUCAGACUCCCCUUUACUGAAUGGUACGAGCCAAAGUUCGGCGGAUACGGGUCCGUUCGAAGGGUCCGGAUCCAUCCUGCCCAUCAUAACUAUGAUGCAUUGGAUGAGAAAUCCGAAUUUGCGGUGAAGGAAAUAUCCGCAAACUUCAAAUGGUACAGAGAUGAGAUACGAGCACUGGAGCGAUUCAGUGGGCAACGAUCUGGGCAUGAUCACCUUAUCCGAUUACUCAUGACAUUGCAACAUGAUGACAGGUAUUACUUAGUAUUUCCACUGGCACGCGGGAAUUUGGUGGAUCUCUGGCAGCAAAAGCAAAUGUCGCCGACUACACCUCAACAUGUUGAAUGGGUUCUUAGUCAGUGUCUAGGUAUAACUGAAGGCUUGUGGAAGAUUCACCACUACUCUUCGUGGAAUGAUGAUCAAGUCCGCAUCGAUGAGCAACUCCUCGUCCACGACAACAGAAAUAGGGGAAGACAUGGCGAUAUCAAGCCCGAAAAUAUUCUCUUCUUCUCUACACCGAAUGGUAACUAUCGCCUCGUUAUUACCGACUUCGGAUUGACUCGCUUCCAUUCCGCAUUCUCUAUCUCGAACGUAGCUGCCGACAGGGUUGGUGGUUUCUCUCGUACAUAUCGGCCUCCCGAGUUCGACUUGAACUCACCUAUUUCGCAAGCAUACGAUAUGUGGAGCCUAGGAUGCGUUUUCCUAGAAUUUAUCUCCUGGUUGCUUAUUGGAUAUAGUAGCACACGGCCUACAUUCAACCGAGCGCGGCUUCAAGACGAUGCUCCUAGUCAUAACGUCGUGGAGGACAAAUUUUUCAAUAUUCAUGGCCGUGUUCCGACUGUGAAGCCGUCCGUCAAUGAAUGGAUUCAUAAACUUCGAACCAAUGGUACAUGUCCGAGCGCUAUGAAAGACUUCUUGGACAUUAUCGAGAAUGGCCUGCUUCAACCAAACCCUCAGGAUCGAUGGAAGAUUGAGAUGUUUCAUGGUCACUUAAAGGGUAUAUGCGACGACUACAAAAAGGCUCCCAACGAAACUUGGGGCAAUGAUGCCAAUUCAACCCUUGCAGUCUUUGACGAGAAAUACCGUGUGGUUGGACAUUUGCGGAUGCCACACAAGGGGCCACUGAGGCAAACCCAAGAUCAAAGACGGAUUGAAUUGCAAAGGAAGAUUCUAGAUCAAGCUAACAGAAGAAGGGGGAUUAGGAACAUGACAUAUGGGAAUUUGAAUGAUGCCAUGCAAACUGUUGAAGAGAAUACAUCGACAAGUCCCACCGAAGAGUCGCAAGAGACGGAACUUGCAAGAAAGGAUAUAACUAAGACUUCUGGUCAGCUGGCACAAGAAGGGUUAGAAAAUCGGGCUAUAAAAUUUGAUUCAGCAACCCAGCUCAAUCCAGUACACCUCGAUAUCAAACCCUCACCAUUCCAAUCGGUUAGGAAGGCCUUUCAAGACGGAUAUGCUCGAUUUAAAAGGAUCUCAAAGCGGCUUGCUUGUAUUGGGGUGAAUUGAGGACAGUUCACAUCCUUCCAAGGCGGUGUAUACUAUUGGAUUACUGGGACAUAUCGAUAAGCAUGGUGAUUUAUAGUGAAAAUUGACGGCCGCGGAUCGUGAAUUCGGAGCCUAUGUACUACCGUGUCGUACCUAGGUACCUACCUAGGUACAUGUUCGUACGUGGGGCCGAACAUUUCUAAUCUAGUACAUAUAACUACACUAUGGGGUGGGGUUUUCGUAAUUAUGUCAGCAGCUGUGUCAAUAAAUUUACAUAAUUACCAUUUUUGACACGAUUUCAACACCCUGCCAAUAGGUCAACAUCGUAUCUAUUUGAAUAGCUGGAUUGACUGUAUUGUAUGUAAUUAUCAUGCAGUCGUAUUUCGUCAGUAUUUUAGGUUGUCAGGGUGUUGAAAUUACUGUUGAAUUUGACGUAAUUACCACGGCUAGACACCCUGUCUGUAAAUAACCUCAAUACAACACCCUCUCAGAAAUCAA